ACAUAUUCAGAUUUAGUUCAGUUAUAUUAUGUCGGUUCUGUGAUUUCAUUUAGGUGAAUGUUUUUUAUUUUUGCAGGAAAAGAAAAUGGGGACCUUUUUACAGCCAAUAACCUGACACACUGUAGGCAAGGAUGUCUUGGGUGGCUCUGUACUCUCAGCUGGUUGGUGCCAACCGUCAUGCCACCUCCCUGGGAAAAGUCUGGCUCUCUGUGCUGUUUAUUUUCCGAGUGAUGGUGCUGGUUGUAGCUGCGGAGAGCGUCUGGGAUGACGAACAGUCUGAUUUCACCUGUAACACACUACAGCCUGGCUGUGAGAACGUCUGUUAUGAUCAAUUCUUCCCAGUGUCCCACAUUCGCCUCUGGAGUCUUCAGCUUGUCUUUGUGUCCACACCAACCCUCUUGGUUUCUAUGUAUGUGGCCUAUCGUAACCACUACGAUAAGAGACGACUCCUUCAGGGUUCUGGUCGAGCAAGCAUCAUCAACAAGGAACAAGAAGAAGAACUGGAGAAGCUGAAGAAGAGAAGACUCCCGAUAGCCGGUGCCCUCUGGUGGACAUACCUCUGCAGCCUGGUGUUUAAGAUGCUGUUUGAAAGUGUAUUCAUGUACGCCCUGUAUGUGGUGUACGACGGUUUCCAGAUGCCACGCCUGGUGCAGUGUGAUCAGUGGCCAUGCCCCAACCUGGUGGACUGCUUUAUCUCCAGGCCCACAGAGAAGACCAUCUUCACUGUUUUCAUGACUACUGCCUCUUCUAUCUGCAUGGUUCUUAAUUUGGCUGAACUUGCAUAUCUCAUCGCCAAGGCUCUCAAUAGGUAGAGGUGUUGAUCAGUCACACUAUCAGGAAGCCAGAAGGAGAGGAAAUCAGCAAUUCAAGAGACAGAUUUGGGUUUGAACAAACCAGAAGUCCACCUGUGCCAGGACGAAGGUGCAGUACCAUAUAGUUCACCACAAAGCUUUGUAAAUACAGAUAAAUACACUUCAAAGAGCAAACGUCUUCUAUGAGCCCAGAAAUGAUGACCUGCAUUCAUCGUGUGGUGAAGAGGAUGUUAGAAGUCAAACACUGGACUUUUAUGAAGAAUUGUUUGAGCAUGAAUGCCAGAAAAAAUUUGUAAUAUGUGAAAUAAACAAAAAUACCAUUGUG